UCAAGCAGCCGUGCUACAAUCUCGCUGUGAAAUCUCGCUCGCACACACACACACACACACACACCACAACAAGGAAACGAUGCUUUGGCUUUAAACGCUACGAUCAAGCCGCGUGCGCGCAUUUCUGCGUCAACGUUAGAUGAUUUACAUAGCGGAAGAUUUUGGUUAUGUUCUUGGCCAUGCACACUUUGCUCUUUUGACUGAACAGGAGCGCAGUUUAAGUCCAAAAUGCCCGACUGCUGCGCCGCAGCCGACUGUAAGCAGAGCUCUGACCAGCGCAACGUCUCCUUCUUCAGAUUUCCUCUAGACCCCGAGCGAUGUAAGCAGUGGGUGGGGAACUGUCGCAGACCGGACCUGCAGACUAAAACGCCUGAGUACUUGCACAGAAACUUUAAACUGUGCUCAAGACACUUUGAAACCUCCCUGAUACAGAAGGAAAGCGAACUCAAAACGGUUUUAAAGGACGGAGCCAUCCCGACCAUAUUUGACUUUACGACCAAGAAGGGCAAUGCUACAGCCCAGAACAGCAACAGGAAAAGAAAGAUACAAGCUACUGCAGCUGAACCUCUGGAGGCAAAAAAGGUGAAAGAUGACGCCCAGCCGGAGACAGUGGCACAAAAUGUAAUUGAAGACUCAACAGAGAACGCUGUAGAACAGGAGCCUGCACCAGUCAGACCAGAAAAGGAGGAUCCUGCUACGUCCAAAGCCAAGGAAACUCUGAAGAGCCACUUUAAGGAGACAUUAGCAUUCACUGGCUUCAGCAUCGUCAACAAUGUCGCUGCCAGUGCUACAAAGACUAUGGGUGGUGGAGCCGUCGGGCCGCUCAUGGUCAACCCAAUCUGUGCGGAAAAGAUUGACCCAAAAGAUGUGCUAAGACUCGGAGAGGAUGUGAUGCGCGAGGAGAUCCGCAACUCUUUGCGCAUGGCUCGCUUUUUCUCUAUCCUUCUUCAGGACAAGAUGAACAUCGAAGGCAAGGAUCAAAUCCCCGUGUUCAUCCGCUCUGUCAGUAACGAUGGGUUUCCCCAGAAGCACUUGCUGGGGUUCCUGCCCUGUGAUGUGGACUCAGACAGCCUGUACCUCAUGCUCAUGUCCGAGAUCCGUAACAAGUGGGGACUCCGAAUGGAGCACUGCCGAGGGUUUACUUACCUGACGACAGGCAGCUUGUGUCAGAAGCUGAAAGAAUUCUCCUGUCGGAUGCUCCGGGAUUUCCCACAGGUUGUCCUGGCUCCCAGCGACCCUUAUGCUUUCAACAUGUGGCUGAUCCGAGCCUUGCCCGUCCUUUCUGUACAGGAUGUUGUUGACACUGUAGAGGAAGUGGCCGCUGUCUUGAGGCAGUCCGAUACACUUGUGAAAAAACUGCAUCUAAAGAUUACAGCGGCGUACAGUCACAUCAAAGGCGAGGUGGAUCGUGUCAAGGAGUCUUGCCAAAACAACUGGGAAUAUGGCACGGAUGCUUUCCAGACGAUGUUGGACAUCCUGGAGCCUCUGUUGAACAGCAUAGGAGAGAUGUGCACCAGCGCGCUGUCAGAGGUGGACACAACCGUCAUGGAACAGCUGCUUAAGCUCAAGGAGAAGCUCAAGAACUUCAACUUCAUCAUCACCCUGGUGAUCCUUAAGAACACUCUGUGCUGUGUCAGCAUCCUCAACCCGAGCCUGAGGGGGAUAAUCAGCAUUAGCAGCACCUUGCAAUACACUAUCUCCAAUGCCUUAAAGCUGCUCAACAAGCACCUGCAGGAAAUCCCUAUAUUCCACAGGAAGUGGUUCUCCGAUGCUGUGGGUAGGGCCAAAAAGUUGGGCGUGCUGGUCACUCUGCCGGCAGACACGGCUACAAAUGGCGACUCUGACAGCAAAACGCCGACCUCACCGGAGGACUACUACAGGGAAACGCUAAGCAAAAUGGUCCUGCAAUACCUCAUCGACGAGGUGAAGCGAGUCCUCGGCAUCGAGAUGGUCCGAAUCCUGAGAUGGCUGUCUUUAGUGCCAUCGUACAUGGCCGACCACAAUUUCAGCAUCCGCAAAGACAAGGUGGCUGAUGCGAACCUGAACAAUCUGGCUCGCCCGGACUCCUUCUAUGAUGAGCUGGGCUGCUGGGAAGUCAAGUGGAGACAUGCGAGCAAACGCAGGAUCCUGCCCACAGGCGUCUUUGCCACCUUAAAGAUCCCUGAUAUUGGAUUCUAUCCCAACGUGCAGAGUCUGCUGAGAGUCCUGGGUUCCAUCCCUUGCAUCAAUGCUGAUGCAGACGUGUACGUGCAGUAUGACAUGGUGUUGGACAGGUAUCGCUCCUACAUGAAGGUGAUGCCAGCUGAGAAAAGACUGUGCAACAUGGCAUUCAUUUACGUCAAUCAGGACGUGCACUUCAACAUCGACGACAUGGUGCAGUCAUAUGUGGAAAGCCAUCCAGACAUACUGCAGCUGCUUUGUAAGGAUGAUGUAAUGGAGGUUCAACCUUCAGGUUUUCCAGCAACAGAAAAUAGUACAAAUGAUGCCUCAAAAGAAGAUAUGGAGGAACCAAGAGAGAUUAUGUUGGACAUGGAGUUGGAGAGGCCGAAACCAGCUGAGUGUUCAGGGACAGAUAAAGAGGCGUUAAAGUCUGCGCUGAAGGCUGCACUCACUGCAGCAUGCAACAGCCAUAGCAGACAGUUUCAGGGAGGCCCUGAGGGUGAGGUUGAAUACGUGACCAAAUCUGAAAUGAACGAGGUUUUGAAAGUAUGCGCAGAUGUAGUCAAAGAUGGGAUUCUUUCUGAAGCGGGAAAUUCUUUCUUCUCUCUGUUCGUUGAUCGAGUGGUGAGGUUUGGUGAAACAGACUUCCUCCCGCUGUUUCUCAGGUUUGUAGACAGUUUUGAUGUCAUGCAUUUGGAACUGAUGGGGUUUGUGGAAGCGAACCUUGAUACCGAGGCAAUGUGCGAGCGCCUUUUUGACAUUGUCACCAAAGAAUGGCAUCUCGAUUUCAAAUACUGCAGAGGCCAGGCUUACUUGGGUUCUGGGGAAAUCUCGUACAAGCUCAAGGCCUUUGCAUGCAAAGUUCAGGAGAAGUAUCCUCUCGCAAUAUGCACUCAUUCUUCCUGUUACUCUUUUAACACAUGGUGGUCAAUGACGGUUCCGGUGCCCUCCAUCAGCAGAGCUCUAGAUAUACUUGAGAAGAUAGUGUUGUUUUUCAGCAGCUCACCUGAACUUGAAAAACAGCUGGACCAAGUCAUAGCUGUUGGUCUGCGUGAGAGCUACGAGAAGAUCCAUGAGUUUCAAGGAAACUUCUGUUCCUCUUGGCAGGAGAAGCAUGACUCCUAUGACGUUUUCUCUCAGAUACUGGAGCCUCUGGUUGAUUGUCUGGAGAGGUUCCAUAACAGCAGUCCACCGAUGUGGAGUUUAGCCAUCAUCAACCAAGCAAAGAAACUCUUGCAACUGAUCCGAGACUUUGACUUCAUCGUGGCAAUAGUUGCUCUGAAGAACAUCUCCUCUUUCACCAGAGAACUCAGUGCGGCUCUGCAGAAAGACCAUUUCAGUGCUGCAUCACAGCUCUGCCAGAUCAGUGGCAUUGUAGCCACACUCAACCGACUUAAGACUAACAUUAAAGUGUUCCAUCAAAACUGGUUCGAUGAAGCGUGUUCCUUUGCUCAGAAUUUAGGGGUGCAGGUUAAAGUGCCUGAGAGUGCACCAUGUCCCAGGGACAGCCUGUUAAAACCAGGCGGAUACUAUAAAGAUGCAGUCAGUGUCCCUUUAGUCGAUCACAUAAUCAACUCUGUCAAGGACCAUUUCUCAGAUGACCACAAAGAAGCUCUCAAUUUCUUAUCUCUGGUCCCGUGCUCAGUAACCAUGAGCUACACUUUUGAAAGCCUGAAGUCAAAGCCUCCAUUGUACGUUGGUGACCUUCCGGAUCCUGAAAACUUCUUCACAGAACUUUCUUGCUGGAAGGUUAAAUGGAAAACCAAAGUGGUUUCUCCAACAAUACCAGACACUAUUUUUCAAACUCUCCGCCUGCCACUCAUGCAGUAUUUUGCCAACAUUAACACGUUGCUGAAGAUCAUGUCAGUGUUACCAAGUACCACACUGGAGCAUUGUGGAGAAGUAAAGCGGCAUAAAAUGUUUCAGGAUUACCUGAGGAGCACAUAUGCUAAGGACAGGACUCCAUGUUUAGCCAUGCUUCAGGUGGGCACAAACUUCAACAGAGAUCUGGACAGAAUGGUGACUCAGUGUUUAAAAGUAACUCCACAGACACUGGAAGGUAUCUGCCUGGACAAAGAAGCAAAAACUCUGAGGAAUUCUGAGAUAAAAGCUGAAGACAACCACAAUGACGAGGAGAUGGAGGUUCAACAGGAAAGAUCUACCAAAAAGCUCCCAGACUUCAAUGAGUUAAAGGCAGAGGAUAAUCGCACCGCUGUGUUCAACAAAACUGAGACCCAGCAGGUUCCUGAAGUUGUCCCUGCUGUACUUUUGGAGGGACAGCAAGCGAAGCCUUUGGAUGAGAACGGUCACUCUGACCAGCCUGUAGACAGUCUUCAGCGGGUCUUCAUGGUGGCAGCGAGACUGGCCCGGAAAAAACAUCUGUUUUCGGCCCUUCCCAAGGAAGAACAAGACUUUGUUAUGCAAGAUCUUGGUAUGUGUCACUGGGACCAGGAGAACACAAAGCAUUUUUCAGAUGUGCUAGACAGUAUUGCAAAGUCGAUAAGAGAAACAAUCCUUUCAGAAGUUCAAGAAUCUCCAUUUUUUUCCAUUAUUACCGACAAGGUGGUGUCUGUUGAUGACAAGAAACACUUUCCUGUGUUUGUCCGGUAUGUUGACAAUUUCACACCGAAAGUAGAGCUUUUAGGGUUUCUGCCCUUAGACUCGAGCGCAGAUGCAGCUACCCAAGCUAAGACUCUAUCAAGUAUCCUCUCCGAUGAGUGGGGACUCCAAAUGGGGUGCUGUCGUGGCCAGUCCUUCAUGUGCAUGGGUGCUGGGGGUCAAGGUCUGAGAAAGCUAUCUUUAGAUUUCUUAGCUAGCUUUCCUCUCGCUGUGAACACACCCAGUGAGUCCUGUGGACUUGCUUAUUGGCUAGCAGUCAGCCUUCAUAAUGACCCCAUCGCAAAGGUGCUUGGUGUAGUCGAGGACCUGUUACUUUUCUUUGAUCAGUCACCAAGACUGCACGUUGAGCUUUCUCAGACAAGGGAAGGUCUCUUGAAUACUCCUCGGGAAGCCCUCGCAGAGGUCCCAGAAACGUGUUUGUCGAAGUGGAAAAAAAGAGAAGAUUUCUUUGACAUUUUGGUGGACAUGUUAGAAGGAGUCCUGAGUUGUCUGGACUCUGUUAGCAACAAUGCAGACGGUUCCUGGAGUAAUAGCAUGUCGAUACAUGCGCUGAUGCUCUCCACAACUAUUAGGGAAUCAGAUUUUGUUGUUUCCCUUGUGAUCCUGAAGAAUGCCUGCACUCCCCUGCGGAACUGCAGCACAAUAUUCCGCUGCGGCAAUCCGGCUGAUAUCAUCUGCGAGCUGGAGAAGAUCCCUGUUAUAAUCGAGUCUCUUGUCAAGAUGUUGGAGAACAUCAAUGUGGUGCACUAUACCUGGUUCGAGGAGGCAACCCAGCUCGCUGCCAAAGUUGCUGGAGCACUCUCGUAUCCAGACACAGUCAGCACCUAUGACUCUCCAGAGGUGGGCUACAGAGAGACGGUCAGCAUACCUGUCUUAAGUGGUCUGAUUGAGGAAAUGAAGUUCAACUUUUCGGAGUGUCACUUGAAAGCCCUCAGGGUCCUUUCUCUGCUUCCCACGUGCAAUCCUCUGCCCAUUCUCCCAGAGGCACCAGAUAAGUUCUAUACUAUCUACCAAAGUGAUCUACCUGAACCAGAAGCAGCAGAGGAAGAAAUCAAUGCCUGGGCCACUGUUUGGCGAGAGAAGUAUCAGGACAGUUCACUGCCCACCUCAAUCUCUGAGACUCUGCACCACCCUGAAGCUAAGGAUCACCCUAACGUGACUACUCUUCUGAGGCUUGUUGCCGUGCUACCUAGCAUUAGCAUGGAGUGUGAUCUGAUGAAGACCACUCUUAACUCGUUGAGGAGCUUGAUCGGGAAUGACUAUGAUAGCAUCAACAAGACCAACACUGUAAUGCUUCUUAUGCAUUGCCCCAUGCUGCAGACUUUAGAACAAGUGAUCGACAGGUGUAUGGAACUUGAUGCAAAGAGCCGUGGCUUUCUUUCUCCGGUGAAGGAGAGUCUCUGUGUUGUGAAGAUGGAUAGCGCGGUAGCUGGGGUUCUAUCAGAGGAAAAUGUCAAUAUUACCAACUCUGGGGUUUCAGAGAUCAUAAAUGGCACAGUUCCAAUCAGCGCACAAGACCAGCCCACCACUACAGUGCAGUGUGACACUGGAGAGAUAAGCACUUCUGUUGUAGUUGGUACCACUGCAACUCCCAGGGAUAGUGCCAUGGAAAUAACUGCUUCCAAUGGACAAGCUGAGAUACAGGAAACUUCUCCCAUCAGCACAGAUGGUCAGUCAGCAGCUACACAUUCAAAUGACUCUGAAAUUGGUUCAUCCACGGUCACUGCAUCUGACAGAACACCAGUUGAACAAGAUAUUCCCAAAGAGCACAAAGCAUUGUCCCCAGGUAUAACCACAGAGCUACAAAAUGGAAAUGCAGAGCUUCUAAAUGAAGUACCAGCCCAAAAUAUCACCACUGAGCAUAAAACAGCAUCCAAGGAUGUUGCCAUGGCACUUAUGGACCCACGAACAAAGGUGGCAGCUGAGGCUGUCAUCACAGUAUCAGAAGUGGCAGACCAGAGCGCAGAGCCGGUCACUGUAGAACCAGUCGCUGCAGCUGGGAAUGCCACCAUGGAAGUCACAGAGGUGGUGCAGGACAUAAUCACAAAGCCAGGAGUGGAAGCCUAUGCUAUAGAGACUCUAGCAUCAGCACAGGAUGUCAUUCCAGAUCUAGGUACAGCAGAGGAUGUCUCCAUGGAUUGUACAGUGCCUGUAAUUGGAGCGGCAGCCAAGGAUGACGUUACUGAGCAAAGUGUCAACAUGGAACCUGUACCUGAGGCAGCAGCCCCGAUUGCUAACACAGAGCCUGUUACAGUAUCCAAGGAUGUCCCAAAUGACUCCACAGUAGCGACAGAUGUAGUCACUGCACUGCCUGUUAGAGGAGACAAAGAUGUUACUGAUCAUGAAGCAGUAGAAAAAGGUGUCAUGAGUGUGUCAGACAUGGCAGUGGAAAGUGGCACAAAAUCUGCACCCCAGGGUGUCGCUGCCAAGGAGCAGUCAACAGCAGUCCAUGACAAAAGUACAAACCCAGUUGUAGUACCCCAGGAGAUCACCAUGGAGCUUGUUGCUACUGGACAAGAUGCCAAGGGAAUCCGAACAGAGUCUGGUGUUGGAGUCCAGAUUGUGACAGCAGCACAGAGUGUCACCAGAGAGCCUGUAACAUCAGCCCAAAGCGUGACCAUUAAGCCAGAUACAGCAGGAGAGGAUCUCCUCAAUGAAUGUGAUUCAGCAGUAACACAGUAUGCUACCACUAAGUCUGGAUCAGCGGUUCAAAAUGAUGCCCCAGAUCAUGGAACAACAUCCGAGGCCUCACCAACGGAACCCCAAACAAAUCAAGGUGUCACCCCAAGUAAUGAACCCACAACAUCCCUGGAAGUGACUGUGAAACCAGUAACAUUACUUCAGGAUAUAAGCAGUGAAACCAACACAGCUGAGGAUAUCUCUUCUGUGACUGCAUCAGAAGCCCAGAUUUUUCCCAUAGCAGAACUACAGAAUGUCACCAUACAACCUGUAACAACCAGACAUGAUGUUACCUUGGAUGACCAAUGCGGCUCCACGGAACCAAAAACAGCAUUACCAGAUGCCACAAAUUGCACAGCAACAGUACAGUGUGGGGAGUCUGAUACAACCGAGCAAGAAGUUAUCGCAAAGCAUGUGCCAGCAGACAAGGAUGCUGCUAUGGAUACCACUGAAUCAGACCAUGGUGUUGCCUUACAGUCUGCACUAACAGCCAAGGACACUGUUCCUACAGAGUCAGCAUCCGAGCAUGUCCCCAUGGAGCUUGAUGCAGCAUCAGAAAAAAUAACCACAGAUCCUGCAGGAACAGUGCAGGAUGUUGUGAUGGAGAGCCAAGAUGAAUCCAAAGCAGUGGCCUGUGAUGUCACCAUGGAGCCCAUCACAGAAACCAAGGAUGUCCCAGUGGGUCACAUCGACAACCUAAAAACAGAAACUGAAAGUACUGGCCUAAAGGUUGACGUUCAAGAUACUUCCAAUCCGGUUAUAGCAUCAGCUCAGAAUGGGACAUGCCACUCCAAAAUACCUGCUUCAGAUGGCAUAGAUAAGGCUGUAUCUGCCAAUAAAGUCAGCGAUGUCCAGUCUACCGCAUCGUCAAAGGAUGCCACAAGUGUUGCAAACAGCUUUACGGAAGCCGAAGUCAAGCAUACAACUGUUCAAGAUGAUCUCAAUCAAUCCUAUGCAAUAACUCAAGAUGGCACAGAUCCCUCCAAAGAAGUAGCACAAGCAGCAGUUGAAGAUGGCACUGAACCCCACAAGGGGGUUUUGUCAUUCUACAGCAACCCUACUCAAGAGGCAUUUUUCAGUGAAAUUCAAAGUGCAAAGUUCUUUUCUAUUAUAUGUGAACAGCAAAUAGAGAUAGAAGGACAUACGUAUAUCCCCGUAGGGAUCUGUUACCUUCAGAAACAAAAGACGCCCUGCGAGGAUGUAUUGGCUUAUGUCCCACUUGACCAAGACAUUGCUGCUUUUGUGGAUUCAAUGACGGCAGCUCUGUCCGAAAAGUGGGGCUUGAACUUGGCCUUCUGUCGGGGACAAAACCUGCUGACAGUAGGUGCUGCAGGUGCACAAGUGAGGGCAGCGGCAACGUUGUUGUCUCAGAGGUACCCACACGCCAUACGCACUUUCAGCUCCACCAUGUCUCUAAACACAUGGCUGGCUAAAUCGUGUAUAAUCUCUGAGAUAGCGGACAGCUUCACGUGGGUGGAGAGGAUGCUUCAGUGGGUGACUGAGGACGAGGAGAAACGGUCUGUAUUACACAAAAUGGUUGCGUCCCUGUUCCAACACAAUGCAGUCAAGCACAGUGACCUGACUGAUAGGCUGAGCAGAAGCCAAUGGGAGAGGAGCCAUGAUACUCUGGAUCUUACCGUAGAAAUCCUGGAAGCCAUCAUGCUCACUUUGAAUGAUAUUAAAGAUAGCCAUGACAUCCAGGCAGAAAGAACACAGGCUGGUGACUUCCUCAUCAUUCUGCAGAACUUUGAGUUCAUUUUGACACUCGUGAUCAUGAAAAAUGUCCUGGGUCCCACAAAAAGUUUAAGCCAGAAUCUCCAGGGUCAACCUCUGGAUGUGUAUCAAGCUGUCACCAGCCUGACUGAAGUACUUUCUACACUGAGCGAUAUGAAAGCCAACAUUGACACUCACCUUCAAACCUGGUACCAAGAAGCUGUGGAAUUCGCUUCUAAGUUACAGAUCAGCGUGGACCAUACUUCACAGGAGUGCUUGAUCAUUUAUUGUAGAGACAUUGUCAGCAAAGGAGCGAUAGAUCACGCUGUUUGCGAGAUCUCCGAGCUUUGCUCAGACCACGCUCUGUCAGCCGUGCGCUGCAUGCAGGUUGUGCCUUAUGUCAUAUCCAAGAAGGAAGGAUGCUGCAUGGAAUCUGAGGUCUUCAAGUUGUACCAGGAUGAUCUCCCAGACUCUAGCGCUCUGCAGGUGGAGCUUCUGAAAUGGCGUGAGAGAUGGUUGGACACAGAUGAACAGCCUCUUCCUGCUGGUCUUCUAGACACGCUCAAUGCCACAGAUGCAGAGUUCUUCCCCAACAUUGAGACACUUCUCAGGCUCCUUGUGAUCUUGCCCUGUUUCAGAAAAGAGGAUUUGAUCAGACAGGGAAAGAAGAGUCUCAUUGAGUUCAACCACCAGAGAUCUUUACUCGAGCUGUAUCCUUUAUAGAGUGGUAACCGUUAACCUGUCAACCCUCAACUGCCCCCUAAAACUAGCUUUCCAUUAAUUAGGGUGUCGUAUACUGCUGAAGUCCUCAGUGUUUUACUCACUGUAUCCUGGUUACAGCUGAUCAAAUCUGAGCAUAGGUUUCAGUAGAGUUAUUUUGUUUUGUUUUAAUUAGAGAUCUAAUUAGAACUGUACACUUUACGUAUAAUCUAAUUGUUUUAUUAUUUUGUUUUCUUGUCUUAUUUUUAUCUUGUGUGAUGUGGACUAAGAAAGAGGACUGCCUACAGGGACCAAUGUCUUGCCAAAAAAAAAGUGGAAAAAGGAAGAAAAAUACAUGCCCUAGCCAGGGCUCUAAUGCUUUUGUGCCUUUAUGCAAAACCUUACCCUGACUCUUGGAACAUAAGGACUAAGUUUGUCUGCAAGAAUGCUUUCAAGCCAAGCUUUUUGGAAGCUUCCCAGCAUCUUCAGGAACUUUUACAAUUUUUUUUUUUAAUCAUGUAAAUCCUAUGAAAAAAAAUAACAAUCCAGAUGUGUUCAGUCCAGUUACACGCAUUUAGUCAAAUAAGCUGUGGGUUUCAAAUCACCUGAAUCAUGUCACGCUCAUUCACACGGCACAAAUGCUGAAAUGCUACGUUCCAUUAUGUGUCAAAAACAAGUUUCAUUUCUUUGCAGUUUGACUUGGAUGCAUUGGUUUCUGUAAACACUUUCUCCCAAAAAUCCUUCUCAUGGAAAGAAGGAUUCAAAUAUAUAUAUAUUUGACUAAAAUAAAUAAAAAUGAUUUAAAUGAAA